GGCUGCGGGCGGCAGUGGCGGCAGUGGUGGCUACGGUGGCGGCGCCGUCGUUGUGGUCGCUGCCGCUGGCGGGCUGGCUUGCGUACUGGCCGGCCCGGCCUGAGCCUGGGGCGUGGGCUUCCGCACCGGAGCUCCGGGAAGUCCCCGGAGCAGCGAGCGGGCUCCCUCUCCGGCCGCCGAUGUGUGUGAGGAGCUGACCCCUCGCUCGCGCAGCCCUGCCUUGGUCUGGAGAGGGGAGCCCCCGCCCUGAGGAAGGGGUUCGGAAGCCUGGGGGGCCCCUCGACGAGAAGACGCGGGGUGCCUGAGCUCUGCGAUCAUGAAGGUCAAGGUCAUCCCGGUGCUCGAGGAUAACUACAUGUACCUGGUCAUCGAGGAGCACACGCGGGAGGCUGUGGCCGUGGACGUGGCCGUGCCCAAGAGGCUGCUGGAGAUCGUGGGCCGGGAGGGGGUAUCACUGACCACCGUGCUGACCACCCACUACCACUGGGACCACGCGCGGGGCAACGCGGAGCUGGCGCGGCUGCGGCCGGGACUGGCCGUGCUGGGUGCGGAUGAGCGCAUCUGCGCGCUGACCCGCAAGCUGGUGCACGGCGAGGAGCUGCGGUUUGGGGCCAUCCACGUGCGCUGUCUCCUGACGCCAGGCCACACCUCCGGCCACAUGAGCUACUUUCUGUGGGAAGAAGAGUGUCCGGACCCACCCGCGGUGUUCUCGGGGGAUGCCCUUUUGGUGGCGGGUUGCGGCUUGCGCCUGGAGAGCACAGCUCAGCAGAUGUAUGAAAGCCUGAUGGCGACCUUGGGCAGCCUGCCCCCCGAGACGGUGUUCUGUGGCCAUGAACACACACUUGGCAACCUUGAGUUUGCACAGAAAGUGGAGCCUGGCAAUGACCACGUGAGAGCAAAGCUGUCAUGGGCCAAGAAGAGGGACGAGGACGACCUUCCCACAGUGCCAUCCACCCUGAGCGAGGAGCUUCUCUACAACCCCUUCCUAAGAGUGGCAGAGGAGCCUGUGCGCAAGUUCACAGGGAAGGCGGCCCCAGCCGAGGUCCUGGAGGCACUCUGCAAGGAGCGGGCGAGCUUCCAGCAGGCAGCUGAGCCGCUGCAGCCGCAGGCCCGGGCUCUCCUGGCCCUGCAAUGGGGGCUCCUGGGCACACCUCGACAGAAGUGAGCCCGAGGAGGACCGGCUGUGGGGCCAGGCAGCACAUCUCUCCUCCUUCACCCCUUGGCCAACUGAGCCCACGGGAGGAUUGCCUCUGGCACCUUCCAUGGCCCUGCCCAGCUGGUUGUCCAGACUUGGAGAGUGGGCACCCUGGCACUGGACAUGUGAGGCUCCUCUCUGGGGUGCAUGUGAGCCCAGAGGCCUGGGUGUUUGGGAUGCGUGCUGGGGUGCACAGGGCUUCUGAACUUUGAAUAAAGCUGUGGAAGGGUUCAUUUUU